UUCUACUCGCGCUUCUCCCCCUCGCCGCUCUCCAUGAAGCAGUUCCUGGACUUCGGAUCUGAAAAUGCUUGUGAAAAGACUUCAUUUAUGUUUCUGCGACAAGAGUUGCCUGUGAGAUUGGCAAACAUAAUGAAGGAAAUAAGCCUGCUUCCAGACAACCUCCUAAGAACACCUUCAGUUCAGCUGGUACAGAGCUGGUAUGUCCAAAGUCUUCAGGAGAUCCUUGACUUUAAGGACAAGAGCUCAGAAGAUUCAGGGGCUAUUCAUAGUUUUACAGAUACUGUGAUAAAAAUCCGGAAUCGACACAAUGAUGUAAUUCCUACGAUGGCUCAAGGAGUAAUAGAGUACAAGGAAAGCUUUGGCAUUGAUCCAGUGACCUCACAGAAUGUGCAGUAUUUUUUAGACCGUUUCUACAUGAGUCGCAUUUCAAUUAGAAUGCUCCUUAAUCAACACUCUUUACUGUUUGGUGGGAAAAUAAAUCCAGCUCAUCCAAAACACAUUGGAAGCAUUGAUCCUAGCUGCAAUGUUGUUGAAGUUAUUAGAGAUGGCUAUGAAAGUGCCAAGAGACUUUGUGAUUUAUAUUACAUGAACUCUCCAGAACUCAUCCUUGAAGAGUUGAAUGCUAAAUCACCAGGACAGCCCAUGCAAGUGGUGUAUGUGCCAUCACAUCUCUACCACAUGGUUUUCGAACUUUUCAAGAAUGCAAUGAGAGCCACCAUGGAACACAAUGCUGAUCGCUGCCUUUAUCCUCCAGUUCAUGUACACGUCACGUUGGGAAAUGAGGACUUAACUGUGAAGAUGACUGAUCGUGGUGGAGGUGUUCCUAUGAGGAAAAUUGACAGACUAUUCAACUACAUGUAUUCAACAGCACCACGUCCACGUGUUGAGACAUCACGAGCUACACCUUUGGCUGGAUUUGGUUAUGGCUUACCCAUAUCACGACUGUAUGCACAGUACUUCCAAGGAGACCUGAAACUCUAUUCCUUAGAAGGCUAUGGUACAGAUGCAGUUAUUUACAUAAAGGCCUUAUCAACAGAAUCAAUUGAAAGACUCCCUGUAUAUAACAAAGCAGCCUGGAAACAUUAUAAAGCAAACCACGAAGCAGAUGAUUGGUGUGUGCCAAGCAGUGAGCCAAAGGACAUGACCACUUUUCGCAGUAUAUAGCUGUUUCCUCAACAGUUUGUAAGAAGUAGGUAUGUCUGUAAAGGGAAUUUAAAAGUCCUGAUUUACAGCAAGAUGCUGAGCAACAUUUGAUAUGUGAAAGUAAUUUUAAGUGGAGUAACAGAAGGUUUGAUGUAAUGACUCUUUUUUGGAAUUUAAAACAAACAAACAAAACCCAAGACAAAACCCAAGAAAACCCCCAAACCUGUACAUACUUUUAAAUUUUAAGUGAGAAGGUCACACUUAAUUUGUUCCACCUUCUAUUUAUGACUGCUUGCAGUAGCUAAGUCAAGGGAGCAGUGAUUUCAGGUUUUAUAGAGACCAAUGCAAUCUAUAUCACAUCUGGUGAGAAAUGUAUUAAUUCAUACAAUUACAAAAUUGUUUUAAAAGAAGAUCUAUUGAAAAAGCUCACCAGAGCAUUUUUCCAUUAUACAAUAUUGUAGAUAAUUAAUAAAUCACAUAAGAAACACUGAGGAGCUCAUUGCUAUACCUUUGCCAUACAGGUGCACUUUCUAUUAUCUUAAGCAUGCUGAAGCCUAAUUUUGCAAAGUUAGAUAUGUUGCCUACACACCUUGUCUACAUCAAGGUUUUUACAGCUGUAGAAAUCACUCUUAGGUCUGUAGGUAUUUAAAAAAAAAAAAAAAAAUCACUUCUAGCUGCUACCACUGGUAUAAUGUAUCUCAGGUAUGUGGUAUCAGUCAUGUUUCUUUGGUUGUAAUGUGAAUAUUUAAUACAUGUGAAAAACUUACUUUGCCACGAUCAUUGUGAAUUAGCAAAUGGUGUUGGCUUGUGUGCAGUAAAGAUAUGCUGUCUUGCAUUCGCUUACAUUUCUGUAAGGUAAUACCAAAAUGCAGUAUCAAUGUUCUAUCCCUAGUAAGAUCUUAGACUCGGGUAUGUCAUGUUACAGCUGUAAAUGGAAACUAUUUUAAUAAACAGAUUUUUAAAAUUU